GGCGCAGCGAGGCCCCGCCGGCCACCGCCUUCCGCUUUGCCUCUUCCCCUUUUCCUGUGCGUACGGAGAACAUGGGGACACCGCAAAAGGAUGUUAUAAUAAAACCCGAUGCCCCAAGCACAUUACUUUCAGAAAAACAUGCGGACUAUAUAGCUUCAUAUGGAACAAAGAAAGAUGAUUAUGAAUACUGUAUGUCGGAGUAUUUGAGGAUGAGUGGUGUGUACUGGGGACUGACAGCAAUGGAUCUCAUGGGGCAGCUGCACCGAAUGAACAAAGAAGAAAUUCUGUCAUUCAUCAAAUCGUGUCAACAUGAGUGUGGUGGAAUAAGUGCCAGCAUAGGUCAUGAUCCUCAUCUUCUGUAUACCCUCAGUGCUGUCCAGAUUCUUAUUUUAUAUGAUAGUCUCCAUGUAGUUGAUGUAAAUAAAAUUGUUGAAUAUAUACAGAGCUUGCAGAAAGAAGAUGGAUCAUUUGCUGGAGACGAAUGGGGAGAAAUAGAUACAAGGUUCUCUUUCUGUGCUGCAGCAACUCUUGCACUUCUGGGAAAGCUGGAUGCUAUUGAUGUGGGAAAAGCAGUUGAAUUCGUUUUGUCCUGUAUGAACUUCGAUGGAGGAUUUGGUUGUAGACCAGGUUCCGAAUCACAUGCAGGACAGAUCUAUUGUUGCACAGGAUUUCUGGCUAUAACAGACCAGUUGCAUCAAGUAAAUGUUGACUUGCUGGGUUGGUGGCUUUGUGAACGUCAGUUACCUUCUGGAGGUCUCAACGGACGACCAGAGAAGUUACCUGAUGUAUGUUAUUCAUGGUGGGUGCUAGCUUCUUUGAAGAUGAUUGGUAGGAUACAGUGGAUUGACAGAGAGAAACUGCGCUGCUUUAUUUUGGCGUGCCAGGAUGAGGAGUCUGGAGGAUUUGCUGACAGACCAGGAGAUAUGGUGGAUCCAUUUCACACCUUAUUUGGUAUUGCUGGACUAUCUUUAUUGGGAGAAGAACAAAUUAAGGCUGUCAAUCCUGUCUUUUGUAUGCCAGAAGACGUCCUUCGAAGAAUAAACGUACAGCCUGAGCUUGUAAGCUAAGCCUUGUAAAAGACAAAAGCUUUGUACGACCAAUUGCUUUUUGGUUUUACUGAUUUAUAAUCUCAUCUGUGAAACUGUCAUCAUAUUCUUCUUUCAGAUGUGUUUACAUUAUGGAAGUAAAGCAAUAGCUUUGCUGUGGACUUUAUCACUUUAUAAAUUGUUUCAGAACAGGCUGGUUCUCUUAAUCUGAGUGUAACAUGUUAUUUUGUUGUAUUCUAAGAUGUGUAGAAACAUUUCAAAACUGUAUCUAAAUUUAUGGGCCUUGGCUCUUUUUUUUUAAUAUAAUUUUCAAAUCAGAGCUUGACAGUGUGAAUGCUUAACUUUUCUAUUCCUGUAAUAUCAACCAUGCUAGUACUGAUGUUCAUACAGGCCUCUUUUGAUGGUGGAUCAUGCAAAGCACUUUAAAAAAACAAAAAAAAAAGCCCAAAACAAACAAACCAAUAAAAUCCUACCUGAGGCCUGCACUUAAUACCACACUUACAUAUUUAAUUAUUCACAUUUGCCAUCACUUUUCUAUACUGAGAAACAGCUGCUUCUUCUCCCAGUAUUUGAUACUAGUAGUACCAUAAUUAUGGUUCUUUUAAAUAUACAAAUGUCUUCAUUUAUUGAUCAGUCCCUUAGACAAAAUUCCACUGAUACUUGCGAUACAGCACACCUUGAGUACGUAGAGUGAAACUUGCUAACAUUAAACAUUCUAGAGAAGGUCCCUGUUGGAUGGUGACUUGUAAUUGAACAUAGAGUUGAUGCUAAAUCUCUUGCUGGGUUGAAAUCCUGAUUUUGUAGCUCUUAAGACAUUAAUUGUCAACACUUGAUUUUGGUGUAGUUGAAAAUAAAAUAAGCUGUGGAAAACA